UUCACUUCACAUGCGGCAAUCUGUGCUGUCAAAUCAAAACUGUGUGGCCAAAAACAAGAUAGCAGAGGCGCUCUAGUUAAUCUCUGUGAGCUUAAAGCACACAGUGUCGGUUGUACAUCAUGUACACAAAGGUCAGAGGUGUGUACAUGCGACGGAUCUUCCCUGAAACACGUUCCACACAGAGAAACGGCGGAAUGAGCCAAUCACAGACCUCGUUUCAUCGCAGGUACCCGGAUGUACCCGUGGGGCAAUUAGCUACGUCAUUGUUCACCGCCGGACACCCGCUGGAAAUAAGGAAUGGAUUUACAACCGCUAUUACUGUAUUCAUAACAGAUUCCAGCAAUGAACAAUGACCAUAGUUGACAGAUCUUCAGAAAAGUCUGACCACGAGUCAGUCGGGUGUAAGCGAUCCCCCUUCACCAGUGGAGACGUGGGGAUGGAUGGCAGCUGUUCCAGCAGCUGGGCGAUGGGCCCCACCCUGCCCAGUGACUCCCCGCGUCUAAAGGCUCCAGGAGGCUGCCUGGGCCCGACGCCUGGAGCUGCCGUCUACAACACUACACCCUCCUCUGUGGACCGGCCCAAAGAGCAAGUGAUAAGCGGCGGUGACGGCAUUGACAUGCCCCAGAAGGUCCUCUUCCCUCCCGAGCGGCUCAACCUUAAGUGGACCCAGGUUCAUCGCAUCGGUGCGGGCCUGCAGAACAUGGGGAACACCUGCUUCCUUAACUCAGCCCUGCAGUGUCUCACCUACACGCCUCCAUUUGCCAACUACAUGUUGACAAGGGAGCACUCUAAAACAUGUCACGAGCCGGGGUUCUGUAUGAUGUGCACCAUGCAAAACCACAUCAUUCAGGUUUUCGCCAACUCUGGGAAUGUCAUUAAGCCCAUCGGUGUGCUCAAUGAGCUCAAAAGGAUUGCAAAGCACUUCCGCUAUGGAAGCCAGGAGGAUGCCCAUGAGUUCCUGCGGUACACAGUGGAUGCUAUGCAAAAGUCCUGCUUACCUGGAACCAAAUUGGACAGGCAAACGCAGGCAACCACUUUCAUCCAUCAAGUAUUUGGCGGGUACCUAAGAUCCAGAGUUAAAUGUUUAAACUGCAAAGCAGUCUCUGAUACAUUUGACCCUUUUCUGGAUAUUACUCUGGAAAUUAAGACGGCUCCCAGUGUCUCCAAGGCUCUGGAGCAGUUUGUCAAGCCCGAACAGCUGGACGGAGAAAACGCCUACAAAUGCACCAAGUGCAAAAAAAUGGUGACGGCCUCAAAGAGAUUUACCAUCCACCGCAGCUCCAAUGUGCUCACCCUCUCACUCAAACGCUUUGCAAACUUCAGCGGAGGCAAAAUCACAAAGGAUGUGAAAUACCCUGAGUACCUGGAUCUGCGGGCCUUCAUGUCUCAGUCCCAAGGAGAGCCCCAGGUUUACGGGCUGUAUGCUGUGCUGGUCCACUCUGGAUUCAGCUGUCAUGCUGGACACUAUUUCUGCUAUAUUAAGGCAAGCAACGGUCAGUGGUAUCAGAUGAACGACUCGUCUGUAUCAGUCAGUGACAUCAGGUCUGUUCUCAACCAGCAGGCCUAUGUCCUUUUCUACAUUAAAUCCAGCGAUGUGAAAAAGACAGGGGACUACAGCCACACGAGCCAUAACCCAGCCAUCCCUGGUCAGUCGUCUCCACGGCCGGUGGUGAUACCACGCAUCAACACCACAGUACACCACAACAUUGGCUUCAUUGGGCCCCAGCUGCCCCCACACAUGACCAAGAGUGCUCUCCACGUUAACGGGAAUGGAUCUCUGAGGGACUAUCCCACCAGUUCCAAGCCCAGCACUAGCAACAGUGUUGUGGGUAAACCAAACCACGGUCUGGGCUCCUCCUCUUCCAUCUCCCACUCAAUCAGCCGGCCCACAGUGAUCCCAGACCACGACAAACGCCAGAAGCUCUCAUUCUUCAUCGGACAAGGCAAACAGAACCGCCCGUCCUCCUCGUCCUCUUACAGCCAGCCGUCCUCUGCCAGUAGCUCCUCCUCCAGCUGCUCCUCAUCCUCAUCCUCCUCAUCCUCUAGCUCUUUAUCCUCCUCCUCACAGUCUACCUCAGACGUUCGCUUUGUUCCGCGUCAGCUUAACCACGUUAACGGCAGCGCGUCUUGCAGUAACGGGAAUCACCACCCUGGAGGGAAUGGAGCUCUUUUGGUGCCGUACAGCCAAGAGUCUUCGGAGGACUCGGACCAGGAGAACUGUGGCACUCUGGAUAACGGCUGUUUAGCCAAGUCUCACCUCAACGGAAACAACCGAGCAGGAGACGUGUUUGAUAAAGGCCCUCAAGCCACCAACGGGGAGUCAGGAGCGCACCAUAAUGGAAACGGAUUAAACGGACCAACCAAUGGCGUCUCUAAAUCCAACCAGAACGGGCAUCAUAAUGGACAUCACAAAGUCAAUGGACACAAUACGCCUGAUAAAAUCUCUGGUAAUAAUCAUGGCAGUUUGACCUCUGCGGCUACUGCUGCUGUUAACGGACUAGACAGCAACCAUACUCAAGCAAGCAAAGAGAUUCAUACUUGUGCCACAGCCCAGGCCAACUCUGCUCAGAGCAUCCAGCCUGCUGCCAGUGAAAGCCAGCACCUCUCCACUCCUGACACAAGGGCUAAAACUGUGUCCGAUCCCGCGCCUCAGCAUACAGCACCCUCUGCUGUCAGCUCUCCGCCUACAGCCACCACUACCGACACCCUUCCCGUCGCAUCUAGAGAACCCGCUUCCUCUUCGGCGCAUCACGGCAACCCCGCGGCCUUAUCCAACCCGUCGGACGGCUCCACCAGGAUCUGUGCAGCAGCUCCACAGAAGGAUAACAUCAGUGGGGAUGAAGCAAAGGAUCCACCACAGACCAAUAGUCCAUCAGCGGGGACUGAAGGACGUACAGAUGCUAAAGAGCAGCAUCAGUCCAAUCCCAGUUCUAGAGGCAGUGAAAGACAAUCUUCUCGAGAAAGGGAGAGAGACAGACUGUACUCCUCUGACUGGAGCAAAGAGCGGGACAGACACUACAGGGACAGGAGUCAGGAGCGAGACAAUGACGGCGAUCGUUACCGGUACAGACGAGAGUACCGAGACUACAACCAUCAUCGUUCAUACAGGGAUCGUUUGCCCACUCACGACCGCUCCUACAAGGACUGGGAGCCCGAGCGUCGCUGGGAGAGGACCGUUCACCACCCGAGGGAGCGCGAUCGAGACAGGUGCUCUAACCAUUACCACCACCACCACCAACAACGAUACAGAGACGACCGGAACCGUGAGCGGAGGGGGUACGGCUACCCCUACCGCGAGGAGUCUCACAGUCGCUCUAGGUGGCAGCAGGACAGUCGAGACUCUCGGACGACGAAGGACAAGAGCAACGGCAGGGAGAGGGACUAUCACUCUGCAAAAGAAGAGACUUCCUCGCCCUCCACUAUGCCAGAAACAUCCACCAAGUCCAAGGGUUCACCCCCGGGGGCACCUCUCUCCACAUCUGGAUCCGCUUCAAACAGAGAGGAUCAAAAUCACAAGAGGACUUCUGUUCCUCUGAGCAAAGACCGAGACGACAGCUCGGAGGCCCGACACGCUAAAAAACAUAAAAAGAGCAAGAAAAAGAAGAAGUCGAAGGAUAAGGACAGACACCGUGAGAGCGGAAGCUCUGAUGUGGAUUCAGACAGAGCCACCGAAGCAAAAAAGAAGAAGAAGAAAAAGAAGAGGCAGCACAGCCCGAGCACAGCCCAGAGCCACAAGGCCAGAAGCAGCGAGGAAAGGGAGAGCCGCAAGCGACGAUACUACGACACAAAGAACUCUAAACACGACGACGCUUGUUCCCCAGAAAAACGCCGACGCACAGACUACACCGACAGCAACGGCGAUCACCUCAUCUCCUCCCAGCACACCUCACCCACGGAGAACGGUUCAAAUCACCGCCACCUCAACGGCUACACAGGAAACGGUUAUAGCCGAACCAAUGGCAACUCCCACGGGUUCUCCACUGGCCUGAGCAGUACCAUGAAACACUGACUGUGAGUGGGAGUCCUUUAAUAAUUUAUCACAGUAUGCUCUUGUACUGUCAGCGCUUAACAGUGGGAACAUUUCUCAUAGGCACAAAUGUUUCAGCACUGCAACCAGACCGCAUGGAGAACGUCUUCUUUCUCAUUUCAGACUCUGAGAUACAGAACACAACAACAGCAGAGGAAUGACCGACAAUAUUUUGACGUGGUGCUUCUUCAUUGGGGAUAUAUUGUAUUUUUACCACAACUAAGGUGUUUUAAAUGUUCAAAAACUUUUUCUUUUUUUUUUCUUUUUUUAAAAAAAAAGACGUUUAUUUGCCGUUCUUCUCCUAACUAUGGUUAAAAAUACUGUCACCCGGUGAACAUUUACAAUGACAAAUAUUAAUAUAUACUUGUAUGAACACAAAACAAAAAAAAAAAGCCUGGAGCUUAAACAUCUCAACUGCUGCUCAGUGGAACUCAGGACUUGAAAACUUGUUCACAUCCAUCGUGGAUAUCCACCCCGUUUCACGAAAGAAUGAAACAAAGGGAAAAAAAACAAAACGUGUUGCCUAAAAAGAAGAACUGGAAGGCAUCAUAUUGGCUGCAAGGUUUAAGAUGUCACCAUAUCUACAGAGCUGCAAUGUUUUUGAGUUGUCAUUUUCUUUGAUCCCACUGGGAGCGGACAAACUAACGGAGGGGAGAUUAUUCACAAACUGAGACGGAUGAGUGCAGUUGGCAGCAGCACGUUACCUCCACGUUACCCUGGACAGACUUGAGGACAUUUCCCAGUUUUAAGUUUUUUUGUUUGUUUGUUUCCAUUUCGCUCUGAAGCCUAAGAUUCACUCUGUAAGUUUUAAACUUUUUCACAGAUACUGAGGGUUUUUUUUUUUUUUCCUCUGAAUUAUGCCUCUUUCACUCACUCACUCACUCUCUCUCCUCACACAUCAUUUGACUUUUUUUUUUCUUUUUCAACGUAAAAAAAAAAAGAAAAGAAAAGCAUCAAAAAUUUGUUAUCAUGGCUGUGGACCAUUUGUGUUUGCUUUUUAAUGAAAAAUACAGUUUGUGUCUUCUAGCGUCAUAAGGAAUACUGUGAAUUUAAUUUUGAACUGUACUAUCAGUUAUUUUUAUACGUAAAAAUCCUGCAUCAGGAUUAUCAGUAGAUGUUUUGGGUUUUUUUGUUUUUUGUUUCUUUUUUUUGCUUUUGUUUUUAGAAAAAAACGUGUUCAUUUUGACCAUAUUCUCUGGACAAAUGUCUAAUAACGAGUAUGGAUUGCUUUUUUUUUGGUUUGUUUUUGUUUUCAACUUUAGACCGAAGUUGAGACACUGCUGUUAUACCUUUUUAGUUUAGCAUGUCAGAAUUUAUACAUUGUAUAAGGUAAAAAGCCUUA